UAUCCAGUCGUCAUGGAAGAUGUCAUCCUUGUAUCUUAGCUACUAUCCGGUGCUGUAAAGGUUGCAACAUCUCUGUAUAUUGUAGUCUCAUAUGCACAUGUAUACACCAACAAGCCUCACACCACUACUCUUUGUCAUGCUUGGUGUCCAACUGAAACACCAUAUGACGCCAUCACCAAUUUUCGGAGCUUGGUAUUCAAGCCAUUUGGUAUAUAACAUUAUAUGUAUGUAUGCGUUGUCAUCAACGGCAAAAGAAAAUAUCAACUGUCGACUGCCGACAUACCCGUCGUGCCCCUGGCGACGGUUUUUGCUUGUUCACGAUUUUUUGGUAGCGCAACGGUGGCGGACGGAGGGAUAUAGAGGAAGAAGGAAACCUGUGAUCGAAGUGAGUUUGGAAAGGUGGUUGGUUCGACGCAUGCAUGUGUUCGUUGUCAUCUGAUCAAUUGGGAAUCCGCGGCCGAGAUAUGAGCGGUGACCCUUUGGUGGUAACGAAGUUGCGGUGAAAAAUAAAUGCGGCGUUGCUUUGGACGUCUUGUCGAACGCCGCUGUAUUGAACAACGAAAAGCUAUCAUACCUUUC